GAUCAGUUCAAUUUAAUGCUAACAUUCAACCAAUUUGCUUACCAAUGGAUACAAAAAUGAGAUCCAAAACAUUUGUAAAAUAUUCACCAACUGUUAUUGGCUAUGGCGCGACAAGUUUUCGAGGACCUACAAGUACAGCAUUGUUAGAAGUUGUAGUUCCAGUUUUAGAUAAUUUAGAGUGUAAACGUGCAUUUAAAAACUCUCCAGCAACAAUUGAUGAAAAAAUUGUAUGUGCAGGUCAUUUAAAUGGUGGAAAAGAUUCAUGUCAGGUAAAAUAAAAGCGUUAUAAAAUAAUAAGGGUACCAAACAAGCAUAGUAAUACUCAAAGCCCUAAAUAAAUCAGAUUUAAUUACAUAGUAAUUAAAACUCUAAUAAAAUAAUUUUAAAAUAGAAUUUUUUAGCACUGCAUGAAACAGAGUCAGCGAGUACAUUUUAAACAACAUACGUGUAGUAGGAAUCUUAACAUAUUUAGACAACAU